AUGGCGAACAGUAAAAAGGUGCAGCAGGAAGUUGAUCGUCUGCUGCGGCGCACGCAGGACGGCAUCGACAGCUACGAGGUGCACUACACCAAGUUCCUCAAGGCCGACACCCCGCAGUCGAAGGCGCGACUUGAGGGCGAGCUCAAGAAGGAGAUCAAGAAGCUGCAGCGCUUUCGCGACUCCAUCAAGGCGAUGAUCGCCACCCCGGAGGUGAAGGACACGAAGGCGCUGGAGUCGUACCAAAGGAACAUCGAGGAGAAGAUGGAAGUCUUCAAGUCGUGUGAGCGGGAGACCAAGACGAAGGCGUACAGCAAGGAGGCACUCCUGUCCGCCUCCCCGCACAAAACCCCGCAGGCGCACACCGAGGCCUGGCUGAAGGCCUGCAUGGACGACGCACGAAAGCAGAUUGAGAUUAUCGAGUACGACGUGGAGCGCAAUACGCGUGGGCACCACGGGCGUGGCAAGAACGCGGUCUCCGCCGAGGCUGUGCGGCUGCAGAAGCUUCAGUUUCACCUAGGAAAGCUUGAACAGCUCCUCAAGGCGGUGACGAACGGGGAUGCCGACCUGGAGGAGGUGGCCGAAAUUGAGGAGCGGGUGCAGCGGUUCCUGAAGAAUGAAGCCAAUAGCGACGAUGACGAUGACGACGACGACGACGACGACGAGGCCCUCUACAGCGGGUUCGACCUGGAGGAAAACCGCUACGAGAAGCCGCGUGGCAGUGGCGCGGAGGCGGGCGACGACGCCGCCGCCGCCGCCGCCGGGCACGAAGCCCGGAAGAAGUCCGUGACGUCGAGCCCCACCAACACGCGGGCGUCGUCGCAGAGUGCGGUGAAGAAGGCGGCGGCGGCGGCGGCGGCGGCGGCGGCCCCAGCCGUCAAGGCGGAGGCGGCGAAGCGCCCACCCCGCGCCUCACAGACCGCGCCCAGGGCGGGGGGCACCUCACCCCUGCAAGCCACAAAGCCAGCCACGAGUCGGGACUCCCCGCCGGAGGCGUGGGAGGAUAACGCCGGGUUGCUGGAUGAUGAGAUGGACAAGGCAAACACAGACACGUUCGGCGACGACGCAAUGGACAUCAAGGCCCCUGGCUCUUUAGCAGACAUGGCGAAGGCAACAAGCACCUUCUCGCGCAUGGGUGACUGGGAAAAAGGCCGCCCGGCAAGCCUAACCGUGCCACAGGCCGCGCCUAAUACCUCACUUGCCCCCGCAACCGCGGCAGCAACAGCGUCAGAAGCAAUAAAAACAGCAAAUGCAGCGGCUGCAGCUGCGCCCGCCGCCGUGCCUCCGCCUACGAUCAAGUCACAAGCAGGGGAACAGCAAGCUGCGGCCGCGCCUGCUGCUUCCAGUGCGACCCCGGCAGUAGCGGCGCAGCAACUUCCUGCUUCUUCACAGCCACAAAGAACGGCGGAACACAAACAACAAGGCAGUGCUGCGUCUUACCCCUCAAGCUAUGCCACUGUCAGCUAUGACAAGGCCAUGAUGCAUCAACUGAUUGACAUGUCCCUAGGGAACCUGCCGCACACGCAGGACAUUGACCGACAGCGUCCGUUUGAGCCGUCAAAUCCGACGGACUGCCCUUUGUACUACCCACAGCAGGUGCUUCCAGCGUUGGCUUCACCUGACAUCUACCGGGAGUUUGAAUUGGAAACCCUCUUUUUUAUCUUUUACUAUCAUCAAAAUACGUAUCAGCAGUACUACGCGGCAAAGCAGAUCAAGGCGCAGUCGUUUCGCUAUCACACACAGCUCAACACAUGGUUCAAACGCAACGGUCAUAUGAAGGAGUCCCAGGAAGGGAGUGAGCGUGGGUCUUUCAUAUUUUUCAACUACGAGGAUACAUGGCGCAUAGAAGAAAAAGAGGACUUUACAUUUGAGUAUCAGUACCUGGAAGACCAGCUUCGCUGA